CAAGCCACCCACUUCCGCUUUCACAUUCUGUUCCGAGCCGCCUCUCAUGGCGGGCGAAGGCAAAAUCGCCUGUCUCAUCAUCUUUUCCUCUGUCUCCGCCCAUCUUCGGAGGCACAAACGUGGGUCAAGUCCGGUUACUUCUACGCCGGCAGCGAAAUCCCGAUCUCGGACAUCGAUUCCUCUUUGUUCUCUCACCUCAUAUGCGCUUUUGCUUACAUCGACUCUUCGACCUAUCAGCUCUCCGUCAACUCCUCCACCGAGCAAUUCUUCACCACCUUCACGAGCACCGUGAAACGCAAGAAUCCUUCGAUCACCACUCUGCUAUCAGUGUGGGCAGCAGCGUGGGCAGGCCGAGAGGAUCCUUCAGCUUUCGUUUCGAUGCUCAGUGAGUCUUCUUCAAGAAGGUCCUUUAUCGAGUCUACCAUAGAAAAGGCAAGGCUUUAUGGGUUCAGUGGGGUUGAUCUCUGUGGGGUCUUGCGCAGUAGGAGCAUUAACGUGACCAAUUUGAGUGCCCUUUUGCGGGAGUGGAGAGAUGGAGUAGAUGCCGAAUCAAGAAAAUCUGGGAAACCUCAGUUGCUGCUAGUAAUGGCUGUGUAUAGUCAACCCAUUUUUAACUCCGUGAGUUACCCAAUUGACUCAAUUCGGAGAAAUUUGGACUGGGUUCACCUAAGUGCGUAUGAUUACCAUCUCCCCACCAGGGAAAGAUUUGCUCUCCCUCACGCAGCUUUAUUUGACCCAGCAAGCCAGAACAACACAGACUUCUGCAUUACUUGGUUGCUGACUAGAGGAUUUCCCGCAAGAAAGCUGGUUCUGGGCUUGCCCUACCAUGGCUAUGCUUGGCAGCUCGAGGAUUCGAGCGCCGAUGCCAUUGGCUAUCCAGCAGUGGGGCCUGCUGUGACGACGGAUGGGUCAUUUGGAUACAAGGCUAUAAAAUCUUAUAUCCGAGAUUUCGGUUAUGGUGCCAGUCCUGUUUAUAAUGGUACAUAUGUGGUGAAUCUUUUCAGAAAGGGAUCGGUAUGGAUCAAUUUCGAUGGUCUGGAGGCCAUCCGAGCCAAAGUAACUUAUGCCAAGGAAAAGGGGCUCCUUGGUUACAAUGUGUUUCAGGUCGGCAAUGAUCAGAACUGGGUCCUUUCUCGGACAGCUCAAGAGGCCAGUGAAGAUCAGCAACACAGGCGAUGGUUCUGGCUUGUUAUGCUUAUUUCGAUUGCUGUAAUUGUUCUCCUUGUAUUUGGUCCGAUAUGCUACUUACAGAGGAGAACAUUGAAAUCAAAAGGUAUUUCAGGUGGAAUAAAAGGAUUUAGUAGCCGAUUAAAGACUAUGGUGUGUAAAGGUGAAAGUCUUCAGAGUUGUACUCGUAGUCUGCGAACAUUUGGUUAUGCUACCCUCAAAGCAGCAACUGAUGACUUCUCAAGUGAAAAUAAGCUUGGAGAGGGUGGAUUUGGACCUGUUUACAAGGUAAAAUAUAUGAGGCCAUUCUUAAGCUUCUACCAUGUUCAAGUGGAAGUCAGUUGCCCUGUUCUGACCAUCAGCGUACCUGUUGCUCAGGGCAAGUUGCCGAAAGGACAGUACAUUGCAGUGAAGAGACUUUCGAAAACUUCGAACCAAGGGCUCGAGGAGUUCAAGAACGAAGUUACGCUCACCGCCAGCCUGCAACAUGUCAACCUCGUUCGCCUUAUUGGAUUUUGUACCAACAGGGAAGAAAAGAUGCUGAUCUAUGAGUACAUGCCAAAUAAGAGCUUGGACUUCUACCUAUUUGAUCCAAUAAGGAAAUAUUCGCUGGAUUGGGUGAAACGUGUUCAUAUCAUAGAAGGCAUUACACAGGGGCUUCUUUAUCUCCAAGAAUACUCGAAUUUCACAAUAAUUCAUCGAGACUUGAAAGCCAGCAAUGUUCUAUUGGAUGAUGAAAUGAACCCCAAGAUAUCAGAUUUUGGUUUGGCGAGAAUAUUCAAGAAGGAUGACAUUGAAGCAAAUACCAGCCGAAUUGUUGGGACGUAUGGGUAUGUUCCGCCAGAAUAUGUGAGGAAGGGCAUAUACUCGAUGAAGUACGACGUCUACAGCUUUGGGGUACUACUGUUGCAAAUCAUCAGUGGUAGAAGGACCUCAUGUUACUAUGGCCUGAAUGAAAAUCUGAAUCUUCUCGAUUAUGCAUAUGAGCAGUGGAAAGACGAUAAAUGCAUGGAGUUCAUUGACCUGUCUUUGGAUGACUCUUCAUCAUCCUGUAAGUUCUUGAGAUGCAUGCAAGUGGCUCUUCUAUGCGUGCAAGAGAAGCCUGGGGACAGGCCAUCCAUGUUGGAAGUCUAUUCAAUGCUCAAGAAUGAAUCCUCAGCUGUGAACUUCCCCAAGAAGCCUGCAUUUUCAAUUACCGAGGAUGAAGAUGAGGAUGGCAAGUGCUUGCCCAAGGAAGCAAUUCAUUCAGUCAAUGAUGUAUCAAUUUCUGAAUUGUUUCCUCGCUGAUUGUACAUUGCAUAAAUCCAAUUCUGUGAA